AUGUCGAAGAAAGGUGAAGCACCCGAGAAAGUGUACUUAGGACGUUUAACGAAUCACUUGCGAAUGGGUAUAGUUGGCCUUCCCAAUGUUGGUAAGUCGACGUUAUUCAAUGCGCUCACCAAGUGCCAAGUUGCUGCGCAAAAUUUCCCGUUCUGUACUAUUGAUCCAAAUAAUGCGCAAGUAGCCAUUCCCGAUGUUCGGUUUGAGUACUUGUGUGAUCAAUUCAAACCACUUUCAAAAGUGGCUGCUGCUCUUCAAGUGACAGAUAUUGCCGGGUUAGUCAAAGGUGCUUCUGAGGGUGAAGGUCUUGGAAAUGCCUUCCUUUCACACAUCAAAGCCGUCGAUGGUAUUUAUCAAGUCGUUCGUGUCUUUGAAGAUGAAGAGAUCGUUCACGUUGAAGGGGAAAUCAACCCGAUCAGAGACAUGGAAAUCAUCUUGAAUGAAUUGUGCUUGAAAGAUGAAGAAUUCAUCAACACCAGACUCGACGCCUUAACCAAACAGACUCUUCACAAGAAAGAGAAGAGAGACUUAGCCGAGAUGGAGAC